CACCCUCUUAAUCCGUUAAGUGCAAGAUAAUUAAUAAUAAAAAAAAACCCAGCGUUACAAGAAAUUGCUUUUUCAAAAACGAAAAAUCAAAUUCAUCAAACGCAGCGUUUUUGUCAAAGCCCGCCUUUGUUGCCUCUAAUAAAUAACACAAGCACGCACGAAUAGAGAAAAAAUAAAGAAAGAAAGAAAGAAAGAAACAGCUCUCAAAGAGAGAAAAAAGAGAGGAAUCUUUCUUUCACCACAGUGUCAAUCUCUUCUUGGAUAUACACAGUAGCCAUCAUCACCACAGAUCUCUCAUUUCCACCUCCAGAGCAAUCACUUCAAAGGUACUGAGUUAGUUGUUGCUAAAAGAGAAAAUGGCACUACGUAAAGCAAUUGGGGCUGUAAAAGAUCAAACAAGUAUAAGUAUAGCGAAAGUGGCAGCGAAUGCAUCACCAGAACUUGAGGUUUUGGUUAUUAAAGCUACUAGUCAUGAUGAGGAUCCUGCUGAUGAGAAGUAUUACAGGGAGAUUAUAAGUCUUAUUUCGAGUUCAAGGGGUUAUGUGAAUGCUUGUGUGGCUACUAUAUCGAAAAGGAUACGUAAAACCCGUGAUUGGAUUGUAGCUUUAAAGGCUUUGAUGCUUGUUCAUAGGGUUUUGAUUGAUGGACACCCUUUAUUUGAGGAGGAGAUAUUGUACGCCACGAGGAGAGGGAUGCGUGUUUUGAGUAUGUCGGGUUUUAGAGACGAGGCGCAUCCGAACUCAUGGGAUCAUACGGGGUUUGUGAGGUUUUACGCAAUGUAUCUUGAUGAGAAGGUUGAGUAUGCUGUUUUUGAGAGGAAAGUGAGAGAGGACGAGAGAAAAUUUGAUGAGGGUGAUGAUGAGUUUGGACGUAGAGAUAAUAGGAAUGAUUAUGAGCAUGGGAUGCCUAGGAGAUCGAGGUCUUAUGGAGAUUUGAAUGGUGAUAUGGUUAAGCGAGAACAGAAGAAGGAGGUAACGCCAAUUAGGGAAAUGAAGCCGGAGAGGCUCUUAGGCAUACUGGGCCAGCAGUUGAGGAUCCUUGAUAGAGUUUUGGCUUGUAGACCAACAGGAAUGGCCAAGAAUGAUAGAUUGGUGCUUGUAGCCCUUUACCAGAUGGCGAAGGAGAGUUUUGGGCUAUACACUGAGAUUUGUGAGGCAUUGGGGGUAUUGUUGGAUAGAUUUACUGAGAUGGAGUAUGCAUAUUGUCUUAAAGGUUUUGAUAUUUAUGCUGGUGCAGCCAAGAUAAUUGAUGAGCUGGUGAUGUUUUAUGGUUGGUGCAAGGAUAUGGGAAUUGGAAGAUCAUCCGAGUACCCUGAAGUGAAGAAGAUUACUGAAAAUCUUUUGGGGACCCUUGGGGUGUUCUUGCAAGAAAUGACGAAUAGGCGAACUAAGAAUCCUGAGAGAAGUAUGGGGGAGAACGUUCCGGCUAAGCGAGAACAAGAACCCGAAAUGAAUGAGGUCAAGGCUCUUCCUCCACCAGAGAGUUAUACCCCUCCACCCCCUCCUGAGCUGCAGCCUAAGCCACAGCCUCAACAGGUGACAGAAGAUUUCAUAAAUCUAAAGGAUGAUGGCAUUUCGGCAGAUGAGCAGGGCAACAAAUUGGAUUUGGCUUUGUUCUCUGGACCCCCAACUACAAAUACAAAUGGUGCGUGGGUAGCAUUCUCAUCAGAUAUUGGAGAGCCUGAGGUAACUUCAGCAUGGCAGACCCCAUCUGCUCAGAGUGGUCAAGCAGAUUGGGAAAUGGCAUUAGUGGAAUCUGCUAGCAAUCUAUCGAAACAGAAAGCUACUUUAGGAGGUGGUUUUGAUCCUUUGCUGUUGAAUGGAAUGUAUGAUCAGGGGCUAGUAAGGCAACAUGUAAGCACAUGGCAACUGACUGGCGGUAGUGCAAGUAGUGUGGCAUUGCCUUCUGUGGGCAAGAGUGCAACACCAGUUUUGGCAUUGCCUGCUCCUGAUGAGACAAUACAGCCAGUCGGAAACCAGGAUCCAUUUGCUGCUUCCCUUGCAGUUCCACCUCCUUCCUAUGUGCAGAUAGCAGACAUGGAGAUGAAGCACCAUUUGCUAGCAAGUGAACAGAAGCUCUGGCAACAUUACGGAAGGGAUGGGAUGCACGGUCAAGUGAGUUUGGCCAAGAUUAAUGGUGCCUCUGGUUUCUAUGGCUCUAAUCCUCAUCCAAUGACGAUGCCUUAUGGGAUGUCACAGUCAAUGGCAUGGGGCAUCAGGGAGGGUACUACUAUCCGUCCUAUUAAGUCGCUUGUCUCGAUGACCUGCUUGCAUUUCCUAUGAUGCACAUCACUAUCAUACUUUUUUCCCUGAUCUGCAUCACUCUGUGAAGAUUUUUUGCAAGUCAAUAAUGCUGGCCAUUGUGAUUCUUUUAUGUAAUUAGUAAUUAGUUGCAUCACAGGGAGAGACAAGAUUCUGAAAGUGUAAUAUUACUAUCAAUAUGGACAUUAUUUAUUUCCUCCUUUUGCCAUCGAA